CUGAAUUUAGAAUUUGAUAAAAUGAAAAUGAAAAUGAAAAUGAUGAGAACAAACCAACACAAACACAAUGGAGAACAAUAACAAGGGGCUAAUGCUAAUGGUGUUUUCUUUCUUCUUUUGCUCCAUGCCCACUUUCUCUAGACAAAACUAUUUUACUACUAUUGCUCCAAAUCAGUUUAUGCAAUACGGUGAUACUCUUGUUUCUGCAGCUGGAAUGUAUGAAGCCGGAUUUUUCAACUUUGGCGAUUCCCAACGCCAAUACUUCGGUAUAUGGUACAAGAAGAUAUCACCAAGGACUAUUGUGUGGGUUGCCAAUAGAAAUACUCCUGUACAUAACUCAGCAGCAAUGCUGAAACUCAAUGAUCAAGGAAGUCUUGUUAUUCUUGAUGGCUCCAAAGGUGUCAUCUGGUCCUCCAAUUCAACAAGAAUUGUAGUGAAAUCAGUUGUUCAGCUUUUGGAUUCGGGAAAUCUCAUCUUGAAAGAUGCAAACGGCUCUCAGAACUUUUUGUGGGAAAGUUUUGACUAUCCUGGUAACACUUUCCUUCCUGGAAUGAAGCUGAAAAGUAACUUAGUUACUGGUCCAUAUAGAUAUCUCACAUCUUGGAGAAGCCCUCAAGAUCCUGCUGAAGGUGAGUGUUCAUAUAGGAUAGAUAUGCCUGGUUUUCCUCAACUUGUUACUGCAAAGGGAGCAACAGUUCUGUAUAGAGGAGGGUCAUGGAAUGGAUUUCUUUUCAGUAGUGUUUCCUGGCAUUGGCAAGUAACAAAUAAAGUCAUGAAUUUCACAGUAGUCUUCAAUGACAAAGAAUUCUCUUAUGAAUACCAAACCGUGAACAAGUCAAUUAUUGCAAGAAUGAUACUAGAUCCAUACGGAAAUUCACAACGUUUUCUAUGGUCAGAUAGCACACAAAUUUGGAAGGCUAUAUCUUCUCGUCCGGCAGACCAGUGUGAUGAUUAUUCCUUAUGCGGUAUCAACUCAAAUUGCAAUAUUAAUGAAUUUCCAGUAUGUGAAUGCGUGGAAGGUUUCAUGCCGAAAUUUGAACUACAGUGGGAGUCAUCAGAUUGGUCUGGUGGGUGUCUGAGGAGAACAAAAUUGAAUUGUCUCAAUGGUGAUGGCUUUUUGAAGUACACAAACAUGAAGUUACCAGAUACAUCAUCAUCGUAUUAUAACAAGAGCUUUAGCCUUGAAGAAUGUAAGACAAUGUGUUUGAAAAACUGUUCUUGCACCGCAUAUGCAAAUUCAGAUAUCAGGGAUGGUGGUAGUGGCUGCUUACUUUGGUUUAACAAUAUUAUGGACAUGAGAAAACAUCCAGACGUAGGACAAGACAUUUACAUACGACUCGCAUCUUCAGAACUUGAUCAUAAAAAGAAUAAGAGGAAUUUGAAGCGUGUCGGGACUCUUGCAGGAGUUUCGGCAUUCGUUAUGCUAUUAACCGUUCUUGUUUUGGUCACAUCAGCAUCUAGAAAGAAGCUUGGGUAUAUAAAAAAGUUGUUCCGUUGGAAGGACAGGAAGGAGAAGGAAGAUACCAACUUGGCAACAAUAUUUGAUUUUUCCACCAUCAAUAAUGCAACAAAUAACUUCUCUGAUACAAAUAAGUUAGGAGAAGGUGGUUUUGGACCAGUGUACAAGGGCUUAAUGGUAGAUGGGCAAGAGAUUGCUGUUAAGAGGCUUUCUAAAACAUCGGGACAAGGAUCCGAGGAGUUCAAAAAUGAAGUAAAGUUGAUGGCAACACUUCAACACCGUAAUCUAGUAAAACUUCUUGGCUGUUCUAUUCAACAAGAUGAAAAGUUGUUGAUCUAUGAAUUCAUGCCCAACAGAAGCUUGGAUUACUUUAUUUUUGAUACAACACUAAGUAAACUAUUAGAUUGGACAAAGCGCUUGGAAAUUAUUGAUGGGAUUUCUCGGGGGCUGCUAUAUCUGCAUCAGGAUUCUACACUAAGAAUCAUACAUAGAGAUCUCAAGACAAGCAAUAUACUUCUUGAUAUUGAUAUGAUCCCAAAGAUAUCCGAUUUUGGAUUAGCCAGAUCAUUUAUGGGAGACCAAGCGGAGGCUAAUACAAAUAGAGUGAUGGGAACAUAUGGAUAUAUGCCUCCAGAAUAUGCAGUGCAUGGAUCUUUCUCUAUAAAAUCUGAUGUUUUUAGCUUCGGAGUCGUUGUACUUGAGAUAAUUAGCGGUAGGAAGAAUCGCGGAUUUUCUGAUCCUCAGCAUCAUCUAAACCUUCUUGGUCAUGCAUGGAGACUAUGGAUUGAGCAAAGGCCAGAGGAGUUGCUUGCUGACAUAUUAUAUGAUAAUGACAUAUCUUCAAAAAUAAUAAGAUUUAUUCAUGUUGGGCUAUUGUGUGUACAACAGAAACCAGAAAAUAGGCCUAACAUGUCAUCUGUGGUUUUUAUGUUAAAGGGUGAAAAUUUACUCCCCAAACCAAGUAAACCUGGCUUCUAUGCAGGAGGAGAUGAUACAAAUAGCGUAGGAUCUCCAUCUAUAUAUGAAGCUUCAAUGUCAUUUCUAGAGGCUCGAUAGAAUGUCUCUGUCGUUGAAAUUUACAUCCAGGCGUAUGAAAGCUAUGAAUUUAGCAUGACUCUAAAAUUGUUAUAAAUAGAGUAUCGGAUCAUGGUUCUGUGGGUUGUUUUCAAGAUUCACAUGUACUUGUAUGGUUGCAUUUACCUACAACUUGGAAUGCCAAGGGUUUAAGAAAGCUAUGGAUUUGGUAUGACUCUUAAAUUGUUAUGAUGUUGGUAUCAAAAUGUGAAGAAUAUACACAUUAUUAUUUAUUUCAUAGUUGGUGCAGAAAGAAUUCAGAA